AUGAAUUGUUUGCAAUAUAUAAAAAAAUGUUAUGAAAAUCUUAGAUAGAAAAGAGAAGGAUAAGAUGAUUCUUAUAGAUUAUCAACAUAAGAAUCUGAAGUGAGGAAAAAGAAAAUAUUAGUUCUUGAUUUAGAUGAAACCUUAGUACAUUGUGAAUUUAAAGAAAAUCAAAAUUUCAAUUAUGAAACUAUUUUGGAUGUUUGGCAUAAAGGAGUGCUAUAUAAUGUGUAUUUAUGUAGAAGACCUUAUUUGAGAGAAUUUCUUAAGUAAAUGAGUGUAUACUAUGAAAUCAUCAUAUUUACUGCUGGCUAUGAAUCAUAUUGUGAUAAGGUAUUGCAAUACAUAGAUGUCGAUAAACAUAUAAGUGAUUAUUUUGCUAGAUCAAAUUGUAUAUUUGUCAAUGGAAACUGUUUGAAAGAUCUUGCCAUUUUAGAUCGGCCACUGGAUUAGUUAAUCUUUAUAGAUGUAUCAUUUUUAUAAUAUUGAUAGAAUAAUCCAAAUGCUUUUGAAUUAUAACCUGAUAAUGGUUUGUUAAUUCCAUCAUUUUUAGAUUCAGAUGAAGACGAAUGUCUACUUAGAUUGAUUCCAUUUUUAAAAUUCAUGGCUAAUAAAUCUUCUGUUAAACCAGUUAAUUAGUUCUUGAAAGAUUAUGAAACUAUUCAUGGUUCAUUAUUUAGUGAUACUCAUAUCACUCUAUAAUGUCAUAUAGAUGGAGACGAAGGUAGUCUUAAUGAAGAAAGUUGUAUAAUAAUUGAUGAUGUGCCAAAACAUCGUAAAACUUAAACUCUUAUGCAUCAUCAAUCUAAAAGUAAAUAAGUUUAAGAGGCUCGCAGUUAAUCUCUAUUCUCUGGUUGA